GAGUCCACCUUUAACGUCCGCGGGUGCUGGGGGUGUCGGGUGUCGGCGUCGGCGCUUUGCGGCCGGUCGUGCGGGUCGGGCGCGGCGGCAGUGGCGUGCACAGGUGAUUGACUGGCCAGUUGCCUGAGGGAGCGCCCGGUCCUCCUCGCUGGCAGGUGGCGGAGCCCAUUGGGGCGGCCGUGCAGACGGCGGCAGCGGCGGCCUGGCUCAGGAGGCGUUCCUGGGGCCAAGGCCAUGGCCCCGCGGCUGCAGCUGGAGAAGGCGGCCUGGCGCUGGGCGGAGACGGUGCGGCCCGAGGAGGUGUCGCAGGAGCACAUCGAGACCGCCUACCGCAUCUGGCUGGAGCCAUGCAUUCGCGGCGUGUGCAGACGAAACUGCAAAGGAAAUCCGAAUUGCUUGGUUGGUAUUGGUGAGCAUAUUUGGUUAGGAGAAAUAGAUGAAAAUAGUUUUCAUAACAUCGAUGAUCCCAACUGUGAGAGGAGAAAAAAGAACUCAUUUGUCGGCCUGACUAACCUUGGAGCCACUUGUUACGUCAACACGUUUCUUCAAGUGUGGUUUCUCAACUUGGAGCUUCGGCAGGCACUCUACUUAUGUCCAAGCACCUGUAGUGACUACAGGCUGGAAGACGACAUCCAAAAAGAAAAAGAUUAUGAGCCUCAAACAAUUUGUGAGCACCUCCAGUACUUGUUUGCCUUGUUACAAAACAGUAAUAGGCGAUACAUUGAUCCAUCAGGAUUUGUUAAAGCCUUGGGCCUGGACACUGGGCAACAGCAGGAUGCUCAAGAAUUUUCAAAGCUGUUUAUGUCUCUAUUGGAAGAUACUUUGUCUAAACAAAAGAAUCCAGAUGUGCGGAACAUUGUUCAACAGCAGUUCUGUGGAGAAUAUGCCUAUGUAACUGUUUGCAACCAGUGUGGCAGAGAAUCUAAGCUUUUAUCAAAAUUUUAUGAACUGGAGUUAAAUAUCCAAGGCCACAAACAGUUAACAGAUUGUAUCUCGGAAUUUUUGAAGGAAGAAAAAUUAGAGGGAGACAAUCGCUAUUUUUGCGAGAACUGUCAAAGCAAACAGAAUGCAACAAGAAAGAUUCGACUUCUUAGCCUUCCUUGCACUCUCAACUUGCAGCUCAUGCGUUUUGUCUUUGACAGGCAAACUGGACAUAAGAAAAAACUGAAUACCUACAUUGGCUUCUCAGAAAUUUUGGAUAUGGAGCCUUACGUGGAACAUAAAGGUGGGUCCUAUGUGUAUGAACUCAGUGCAGUCCUCAUACACAGAGGAGUGAGUGCUUAUUCUGGCCACUACAUCGCCCACGUGAAAGAUCCACAGUCUGGUGAAUGGUAUAAGUUUAAUGAUGAAGACAUAGAAAAGAUGGAGGGGAAGAAAUUGCAACUAGGGAUUGAGGAAGAUCUAGCAGAACCUUCUAAGUCUCAGACACGUAAACCCAAGUGCGGCAAAGGAACUCAUUGCUCUCGAAAUGCAUAUAUGUUGGUUUAUAGACUGCAGACUCAAGAAAAGCCCAACACUACUGUUCAAGUUCCAGCCUUUCUUCAAGAGCUGGUAGAUCGGGAUAAUUCCAAAUUUGAGGAGUGGUGUAUUGAAAUGGCUGAGAUGCGUAAGCAAAGUGUGGAUAAAGGAAAAGCAAAACACGAAGAGGUUAAGGAGCUGUACCAAAGGUUACCUGCUGGAGCUGAGCCCUAUGAGUUUGUCUCUCUGGAGUGGCUGCAAAAGUGGUUGGAUGAAUCAACACCUACCAAACCCAUUGAUAAUCACGCUUGCCUGUGUUCCCAUGACAAACUUCACCCAGAUAAAAUAUCGAUUAUGAAGAGGAUAUCUGAAUAUGCAGCUGACAUUUUCUAUAGUAGAUAUGGAGGAGGUCCAAGACUAACUGUGAAAGCCCUGUGUAAGGAAUGUGUAGUAGAACGUUGUCGCAUAUUACGUCUGAAGAACCAACUAAAUGAAGAUUAUAAAACUGUUAAUAAUCUGCUAAAAGUAGCAGUAAAAGGCAAUGAUGGAUUUUGGGUGGGGAAGUCUUCUUUGCGGAGUUGGCGCCAGCUAGCUCUUGAACAGCUAGAUGAGCAAGACGGUGAUGCAGAACAAAGCAACGGAAAGAUGAACGGCAGCACCUUAAAUAAAGAUGAAUCAAAGGAAGAAAGAAAAGAAGAGGAGGAGGAAUUAAAUUUUAAUGAAGACAUUCUGUGUCCACAUGGUGAGUUAUGCAUAUCUGAAAAUGAAAGAAGGCUUGUUUCUAAAGAGGCUUGGAGCAAACUGCAGCAGUACUUUCCAAAGGCUCCUGAGUUUCCAAGUUACAAAGAGUGCUGUUCACAGUGCAAGAUUUUAGAAAGAGAAGGGGAAGAAAAUGAAGCCUUACAUAAGAUGAUUGCAAACGAGCAAAAGACUUCUCUCCCAAAUUUGUUCCAGGAUAAAAACAGACCGUGUCUCAGUAACUGGCCAGAGGAUACAGAUGUCCUCUAUAUCGUGUCUCAGUUCUUUGUAGAAGAGUGGCGGAAAUUUGUUAGAAAGCCUGCAAGGUGCAGCCCUGUGUCAUCUGUUGGGAACAGCGCUCUUUUGUGUCCCCAUGGGGGCCUCAUGUUUACAUUUGCUUCCAUGACCAAAGAAGAUUCUAAACUUAUAGCUCUCAUAUGGCCCAGCGAGUGGCAAAUGAUACAAAAGCUCUUUGUUGUGGAUCAUGUAAUUAAAAUCACAAGAAUUGAAGUGGGAGAUGUAAAUCCUUCAGAAACACAGUAUAUUUCUGAGCCUAAACUCUGUCCAGAAUGCAGAGAAGGCUUACUGUGCCAGCAGCAGAGGGACCUGCGUGAGUACACUCAAGCCACCAUCUAUGUCCAUAAAGUUGUGGAUAAUAAAAAGGUGAUGAAGGAUUCGGCUCCAGAGCUGAACGUGAGUAGUUCUGAAACAGAGGAGGACAAGGAAGAAGCUAAACCAGAUGGAGAAAAAGAUCCAGACUUCAAUCAAAGCAAUGGUGGAACAAAGCGGCAAAAGAUAUCCCAUCAAAAUUAUAUAGCCUAUCAAAAGCAAGUUAUUCGCCGAAGUAUGCGACAUAGAAAAGUUCGUGGUGAGAAGGCACUUCUCGUUUCUGCUAACCAGACGUUAAAAGAAUUGAAAAUUCAGAUCAUGCAUGCAUUUUCAGUUGCUCCUUUUGACCAGAAUUUGUCGAUUGAUGGAAAGAUUCUAAGUGAUGACUGUGCCACCCUAGGCACCCUUGGCGUCAUUCCUGAAUCUGUCAUUUUAUUAAAGGCUGAUGAACCAAUUGCAGAUUAUGCUGCAAUGGAUGAUGUCAUGCAAGUUUGUAUGCCAGAAGAAGGGUUUAAAGGUACUGGUCUUCUUGGACAUUAAUCUUUGAAUACUUGCUGACUGCUAAGAAAUGACCAGAGGGGAAGAGGAGUUUGACAUGUUAGGGCAUUAAACAAAGGUGGAUUUAAGAAUUAAACCAUUACAUGUCCCUUCCAAAAGGCAGAUCCAUUCAAAAGUGACUGUCCCAAAUGCCUUAUGUCAAAUAAAGCAGAUUGCACUGACGGACAUCAGACUUGAAGGAAAUGUUUCCAAUUUUAUAUUUAAGGGGGGUGGUGGGUGGGAGGGGGCAAGUAAAGAGAGAACAAGUUUAGUAGCAGUAACAGUAAAUCAUGUUUACAUACCAGAUUUAUAGCCGCGGGAGGGAAUAAAGUUCUGUUAUAUUUCCUUGCUUGAGUUUCAUACCAGAUGCGUUGGUCCAUAAAGGAUUGUAUCACAGUAGAUGGGACAACAUUCUGCUCUGAACGAAAAGUAAUUUUAGAGACAUAACCUGCUUACCGAUGCCUGUCUUUGAUUCAUAUUCUACUUUCAAUAAAGCAUGAAAGUGAAGAACUUGUCCUAGGUGUGGAAAAGUGUCUUCAGAUUUAGACUCCUGCAUGUCCGCUGCAGCGCCACCCGCCUUACACCUGCCCAGCCGUCUGUCUCUUGGUGUUGGGUACAGGAGGGGGCACCUGCUGUCUCCUGCAAUGAGCAAGGAAUUAUGUCUCAGUUUUUGACUUCAGAGGCUUUUGCUUUGGUGCAUUUCAGAAAGGAUGGAGAACAUUUAUUACAUGUGAAAGCAUCUUCCUCCGGUUUUGCUGUUAUUCAAAAGUGGGAAAUGUACCUGGCACGUUUGAAAAAAAAAAAAAUCUACCUAUCA